AUGUCGGCGUCAGAAGAACAGGAACAAGAGCUCGAGGUCCUCGAGUCCAUCUACCCCGAUGAGUUAACGAAAAUCUCGGACAAGGAAUUUAGCAUCCGUCUCUCUCUCGAAGAACCCGACGUUGACGUCGACGCCGAGGGAUAUGAAGCCCCUAUCGUCUUCCUCCGGGUAACAUAUACACCGGAUUACCCAAAUGCCGCCCCGGACCUCUCCAUCUCCCUCGACUCCCCCUCCACCCAUCCGCUCACCUUCCCCGAUGACGAGGCCCCGCUAGUCUCCGCCCUCGAUACGGCCGUGGAAGAAAAUAUGGGGAUGGCAAUGGUUUUCACUCUAGCGACAACACUAAAAGAGACCGCGGAAUCCAUCCUUCGCGACCGAGCCGACGAAGCUAGACGGAUACGUGAGGAGGUAGCAAGGAUUGAGGAAGAAAAAGAAAUGGAGAAGUUUAGAGGAGAGCUGGUUACAAAGGAAGUCUUUGAGAAUUGGAGAUUAGCCUUUAUUAAAGAAACGAAGGAGAAAAAGGAACAAGAGGAGAGGGAGAGGGAAGAAGCCGAAGCUAAGGGACGGAGGAGUGGUAAUGUUAGUGGGGUUGGUACCGCUGGGAAGAAGUUGACGGGGAGGGAGCUGUUUGAGAGAGGUCUUGUGGGUGGCAUGGAUGAGGACGACGAGGACGAUGCACCGGAGGAAACGCCGGACGUUGGGAAGCUAGAAAUUAAGGCAUGA